GAGCUUUAGAGCAGCUCAACGAGUCUGCGCUGAAGCCCCGGACUGCAUUAUCUACCUCCAUUAUGGCUCCAAUCAAGCGCAAGGGCGCCUCCGCUGAGGGGAACGUCGCCCGUCAACCUCAAAAACGAGUGCGCGUUGGCGCCGAAGAGCGCCAACCCGAUCAAAAGAAGCAGAACACCGGCCCAUCGGCUUCUGAACUCACGGUGCUACGAGACGACGAGCCGUCAUUCCCUCGUGGUGGUGGAAGUGUUUUGACCCCCCUCGAGCGCAAGCAGAUUCAGAUCCAAGCGACGAAGGAUGUUCUGUUCGAGCAGAAAGGCGCCAAAGGCUCGAGCGGACAUUUCGCUGAUGACGAUGAUGACGAGGACGAGGACGUACAAAUGGGCGAUGCCGGCGACACGACGACUGCCGACAAGAAAUCCCGGAAGCGAAAGACGAAAGGGAAGAAAGGAGCGGACAAGGAUGCUCAGGACAAACAAACGGUGCGAAUUGAAGGCCUCAACUUCAAGCGAAUUGUACCAGGAACUAUGGUGCUAGGCCAGGUUUCGAGUAUCAACGCUCACGACAUCGGACUUUCUCUGCCGAACAACCUGACCGGUUAUGUUCCCCUCACUGCGGUCUCGAAGGUGCUGGAAGAAAAACUCGAGAGCCUUCUUCAGGAGAACGACAACGAUGACGACGACGAGGAUGACGAGGAUGAUUUCGACCUGAAGGACUACUUCUAUCUCGGCCAGUAUCUUCGCGCAUACGUUGUGUCGGUGGGAAGCAAUUCGGCUGAUGCCACCUCCAAGAGUCGAAGGCGCAUUGAGCUUGCGAUCGACCCAAGACAAGCUAACUCCGGCCUUGUCAAGUCCGACUUGGUCGACAACGCCGCCAUUCAAGCAUCAGUUCUCAGCGUUGAGGAUCAUGGUCUGAUCAUGGACUUGGGGAUGGAGAGCUCUGGUGUCAAGGGCUUCAUGUCUUCCAAGGAAAUCGACCCUAAAACCGACUGUUCGAACAUCAAGGCGGGAUCGGUCUUCUUGUGUAUGGUCACUGGCCAAAACGCCAAUGGCAGCGUCGUCAAACUGUCUGCCAACCUCCAAUCUUCUGGGUCGAUCAAGAAGUCCCGCUACCUCAGCACGGCCCCUACUAUCAACACUUUCCUUCCCGGUACCGCGGCAGAAAUUCUAUUGACUGAAGUUUCGUCGAGUGGACUUAGCGGGAAAAUCAUGGGAAUGCUAGAUGCCACUGUGGAUCUCGUGCAAUCCGGUGGUAACUCGGGCAAAGAUGACUUGACGAAUAAGUUCAACAUCGGGGCUAAAAUCAAGGGCCGUCUGGUCUGCACCUUCCCGGCCUCUGAACCCUACAAGGUCGGCUUCUCAAUGCUUGACCAUGUCCUCAAAUUGACGCCCGAGGCCAGUGGGCCGGGCUCCUCCGACGAUGCUCCUGCCAUUUCUGAUAUUGUGCCCGAAGCCAAGGUUGUCCGCGUUGAUCCGGGGCUUGGUGUUUAUGUGCAACUCGGUUCGUCAAAGCACGUCGGAUUCGUUCACGUAUCGAGGUUAGCAGACGGCCAGGUCGAAACUAUCACUGAGGAUCACGGACCUUUCCGGACCGGUUCCGUUCACGAGGCGCGAGUGACGGGAUACAGUGCGCUUGACAACUUGCAUUUGCUGUCUUUCGAAAGAAAGAUCAUCGAUCAGCCUUUCCUUCGUAUCGAAGACGUGACCGUCGGCGCUGUGGUCAAGGGACAGGUUCAGAAGCUCAUCAUCGGUGGCUCGGGAGUUGACGGUCUUAUCGUGUCUCUGGCCGAUGGUAUCAGCGGUCUUGUUCCUUCUAUGCACUUUGCUGACACGCCUCUUCAAUUCCCUGAAAAGAAGUUCAAGGAGGGAAUGACCGUCUCCGCCAGAAUCCUGUCGGUCAAUCUGGAGAAGCGCCACAUUCGGUUGACUCUGAAGAAGAGUCUGUUGAAUAGCGAAUCUGCGAUCUGGAAAGACUACCAAGACAUCAACCCCGAUUCGCAAUCUCCGGGAACUAUCAUUAGCCUCAAGCCACACGGUGCUGUGGUUCAGUUCUACGGUCUUGUCCGGGGUUUCCUUCCGGUGUCGGAAAUGAGUGAGGCUUACAUCAAGGACCCCUCUCAGCACUUCAGACAAGGACAGGUGGUCAAUGUCCAUGUUCUGACUGUCGAUGCUUCCCUCGGGAAACUUGUUGUCUCUUGCAAGGACCCUUCGACAUUUACCGACUCCUACCGGAAAGCCUUCGAAAAUGUUCACCCCGGCCUGCUUGUGGCUGGUACUGUUUUCGAAAAAUCAGAUGAUGACUGCCUUCUCAAGCUGGAUGAUUUCGGCCUCGUGGCUCGCUUGAACUUCGAACAUGUGAUUGAUGGCAGUCCUUCGAAACAAGGGUCAACUCUCUCCAAAAUCCGCGUUGGCCAGAAGCUCAAUGAGCUCCUUGUGCUCGAUAUUCAGCGGGCUCGCAGACUCAUCAAAGUUUCAGGCAGAGCAAGCCUCAAGAAGGCCGCUCAACAAGGACUUAUCCCAGGCAAGUUCGAAGAUGUCCAGGAAGGUGCUGAUGUCACCGGGUUCAUCAGAAAUAUUACCCAGGAUGGUAUUUUCGUUGAAUUCUUGAGCGGUAUGAUCGGACUUGUGCCCAAGCGUCUUGUCGCGGAGGAAAACGUGAAUAAGCCCGCUUUCGGUAUGGCGAAGUCGCAAGUCGUUUCUGCCACGGUGCAUUCCGUCGACACUGAUUUCCGAAGAUUCAUUCUGAGCAUGAAACCCUCAGAGGCCACACAUGCCGGUCCCAAGAAGUCGACCCCCAAGGCCGCCCCCAAGGCCGCCAACUCUGACGUCUCUGUGGCCAACGCUGUCGAUGAAGGUAUCACUCAAAUGUCUGAUUUUACAUUUGGCAGGGUUGUCAAAUGUAAGGUCGUGUCUGUCAAGGCAACUCAGGUCAACGUUCAACUUGCAGACAAUAUUCAGGGUCGGAUCGAUGUCUCUGAAGUCUUUGACAAGUGGGAGGAUAUUAAAGACCGCAAGCAGCCCCUACGCUUUUUCCGCCAGAAACAGAUUAUCUCCGCCAGAGUCCUGGGUGUCCACGAUGCUCGCAACCAUAAAUUCCUUCCCAUCAGUCAUCGCACUGGAAAGUACCCUGUCUUUGAGCUUUCUGCCAAGCCAAGCUUCCUGCAGGCUGCCAACCCCAGCCCUCUGAACUUGGAGCAAGUUCAAACCGGUUCAUCAUGGGUGGGUUUCAUUAACAACGUUGCCGAUGACAGUCUCUGGGUCAAUUUGUCCCCCAACGUUCGAGGAAGAUUGCGCUUUAUGGAUGCAUCGGAUGACCUUUCCCUUUUGACCGACGUGGAAAAGAACUUCCCCAUUGGUUCUGCACUGAAGGUACAGGUCACGGCCGUUGACACGGAGAAAGGUCGUUUGGACCUCUCGGCGAGGAAGCGUUCCGAUAAACUCUCAUUCAAGGACAUUUCUACUGGCAUGGUCUUGCCCGGAAGAGUCACCAAGGUCACCGAGCGCCAGCUCAUCAUGCAGCUCACGGAUAGUAUUGUUGGCGCAGUGGAUCUGGUUGACAUGGCGGAUGAUUACUCAAAGGCAAACCCGACGGUCUAUCAGAAGAACGAAGUUCUGCGCGCUUGCGUUGUGACUAUUGACAAGGCUAACAAAAAGAUUUCUCUUUCGCUUCGACCUUCCAAGGUCCUGAGCUCCUCUUUACCGGUGCAGGACCCCGAGAUUUCCUCCGCCAAACAACUCAAGGUGAAUGAUAUCGUCCGAGGUUUCGUACGGAGGGUCGCCGAUAAUGGCCUUUUCGUGACCCUCGGCCACGGUGUCACUGCCUACGUCCGGGUUUCUGAUCUAUCGGACUCCUACCUCAAGGAAUGGAAAGACUCCUUCCAGGUCGAUCAACUAGUUAAAGGACGAAUGACCGUUGUUGACCCGGAACAGGGCAAGCUGCAAAUGAGCCUGAAAGACUCGGUCUUGGACCCCAACUACAAGGCCCCUAUCACUCUUCAUGAUCUUAAACCCGGUCAAGUCGUCACUGGCAAAAUCCGAAAGGUCGAAGAAUUUGGUGCUUUCGUUGUCAUUGAUGGGUCUUUGAACCUUAGUGGUCUCUGCCACCGUACUGAGAUGGCUGAAAAGCAGGUCAAGGAUGCCAGAACCCUCUAUGAGGAAGGAGAUGUCGUCAAGGCCAAGAUUCUCAAGAUUGACCGUCAACAAGGAAAGAUCUCUUUCGGUCUGAAGGCUUCUUACUUCAACGAUGAGGACUCCGAAAGCGACGGCGAAGACGAGGACUCGGAGGGCGUCAGCCUAGAUGGGUUCGACGGGCUUGACGGGGAAGAUGGCAGUGACGACGACGACGAUGAAGAAGGGGAUGAGGACAGCGAUGUGUCCAUGGGAGGAGUUGAGGUCGAGGAAGACGAUGAAAGCGACUCCGACGAAGAUGAUGACGACGACGAGCCGAUGACCAACGCAGAGUCUCGAAAGGAAGGCGGCCUUGGUGCCGGCGCCUUUGAUUGGAGCGGUAACUUCAAGGACGACGACGAUGAAGCCGUUGCCUCGGAUUCUGGCGAUGAUGAUGAGUCCCGGAAGAAGAAGAAGAAGAGCCGUAAGCCCGAGAUUCAAGUUGACCGGACUGGCGAGCUGGACGCCAAUGGCCCCCAGUCUGUGGCCGACUACGAACGGCUAUUGCUUGGUGAGCCAGACUCUUCAAUGCUUUGGUUGAAGUACAUGGCUUUCCAAUUGGAGCUGGGCGAAGUCGACAAAGCGAGAGAAAUCGCCGAGCGUGCUCUCCGCACUAUUGCCAUCGGGCAAGACGCCGAGAAAUUGAACAUCUGGAUCGCCCUGCUCAACAUGGAGAACACCUAUGGCGACGACGACUCUCUGGACGAUGUCUUUAAGCGCGCUUGCCAAUACAACGACACCCAGGAGGUUUAUGAGCGUUUGAUCAGCAUCUACAUCCAGUCUGGCAAGAAUGAGAAAGCGGAUGAGCUCUUCCAAACCGCCCUGAAGAAGAAGGUUGCGUCCUCGCCCAAGUUUUUCCUCAACUACGCCAGCUUCCUAUUCGAUAACAUGGCCGCCCCCGAGCGUGCCCGUGCUUUGCUACCUCGCGCUCUCCAGUCUCUGCCUUCUCACACUCACAUCGAGACGACGUCCAAAUUCGGCCAGCUUGAAUUCCGGUCUUCAAAUGGAGACGUUGAGCGAGGGCGCACCGUAUUCGAGGGACUUCUCUCCUCGUUCCCCAAACGGAUCGACCUCUGGAGCAUUCUUCUGGAUUUGGAGAUCAAGACUGGCGAUGCGGAGCAAGUGCGGCGGUUGUUCGAACGAGUGCUUGGUAUCCGCGACAACAAGAAGGGCGCCGUUUCCAUCGAAGCCGAGAAGAAGGUCCGCCCGAAGCAGGCCCGAUUCUUCUUCAAGAAGUGGCUGGCCUUCGAGGAGAAGCUUGCUUCUGCCGACGGCGGAAACAACAAGAUGGUCGAGGAAAUCAAGGCCAAGGCAGCAGACUACGUUAAGUCUCUGCAGCAGGAAUAAAUCGCGGAACCCCUGUGAUGAUCUGGUUCUGGUGGCCUAUAGAUGAUUUGGGUCGUUCAUGAACUCCUGUAUAUAAAAAAAGCAUUACAUUACUACAACUCCGACGUCUUCAUUUGUUC